AUGAGCACUUCAUCCAGGAGACGGGUCUGCAUUGCUGUCCAGCGUCCAUCUCGAGACACGAUUCCUACACCACACCCAAACACCACGGCAGCUAGAGAGAUUACCCCGGCACCGAGGACAACUAUGCCCACAUCUUCGCCUACGAUAGAUGAUCCCCUUUGCACGUCGAUCUUCUACACUUAUGUGAAGAUCAACGAACACGUGUACAAGGUGAUCAUUGAUAGCGGCAGUUGCGUCAGUACUGUGUCAGACCAAGUCUUGCAGAGGGCAAGGCUGAGUACUAUCAGCCAUCCAGCCCCUUACGACGUAUCGUGGAUAGACGCCACUGCACUACCCAUUCGUCGACAGUGCCAAGUGCCACUCAGGGUACGAGCACUCUCGGAUGGUCCAUCCCGAGAUCAUAAGGACUUCCUUGUGGUCAAAGGAUGUCUGUUCUUUAGGAGCAGACUGUGCAUUCCAUGCACAUCCCUCCGUGACUUCCUCACUUGGGAAUGUCAUGCAGGAGGUCUAUCUGGCCAUUUCAGUCGCGAUAAGACCAUCGCAGUGGUCGAGCACCAGUUUUACUGGCCGACCCUCAAGCGCGAUGUAGGGAACAUCGUUGCUCAGUGUCGAGUGUGCGCACUCACCAAGCAGGUAAAGAAGAAUGCUGGACUCUACACGCCACUUCUAGUGCUGACCCGCCCAUGGGAGGACGUCAGCAUGGACUUUGUUUUGGGACUCCCGUGCACUACACGACGACACGACUCGAUCAUGGUGGUCGUCGAUAGGUUUUCAAAGAUGGCACACUUCGUGCCAUGUUCGAAAACCUCCGACACCUCCAAGGUCACUAGCCUCUACUUUAGAGAGAUUGUGCGCCUUCAUAGACUACCCAAGUCCAUAGUCUCAGACCGUGACGUACGGUUUACUAGCUACUUCUGGAGGACUCUUUGGAGCUUACUUGGGACUGAGCUCAAGUUCUCCACUACUUACCACCCACAGACUGACGGCCAGAUCGAGGUCGUCAAUCAUAGCUUAGGGAAUCUACUUCGGUCAUUAGUCGGUGAGAGCUUGACCACUUGGGAUCUGAUCAUCCCACACGCCAAGUUUGCCUAUAACUCCUCGACCAACCAUACCACUGACAUGAGCCCCUUCGAGAUCGCACAUGGCUUAGCACCCCGCAAGCCCCUAGAUCUAGUACCCCUAGACCCUCAUGUUAGAGUUUCUGAGGAUGGUGUCACAUUCGCCCAACAUGUUAGUCAAUUGCAUCAGGACAUCCAUAAUAGGAUACAGAGUCAUAAUGCAUUGUACAAGCAGGCUGCCGAUAUGCAUCGUCGACCCCGGAUUUUCCAGGUGGGAGACCAGGUUAUGGUGAGGAUGAGGCCCGAGCGUUACGCUCCUGGCUCUACUACGAAGCUUCACGUUCGUAGCGUCGGCCCGUUUCGUGUUCUUUCCUGGAUAGGUGAGAACGCCUAUGUCAUCGACAUCCCUCCUUUGUGGGGGAUUAGCUCCACGUUCAACGUGGCAGAUCUGGCGUCGCACCAAGCCCCACCUCUUUCAUCUGACGUCGAGCCCUCAUCUACUGGCCUCUUCUCUAAGAGAGAGUUUGCCAUGGAGUCCACUCUCCCCAUUUUACCACUUGAUUGGCACGAACAAGUCGAGGAGAUUCUUCGGGAGGUAAUUGACUUUACAGGGGAUGGAGUUUCGCGGAGAUUCCUAGUAUGUUGGCAGGGUCACCCGUCGGAAGACGAUGCUUGGAUUUCGGAGGCGGACCUGGAGUGA